GUUGUGAAGAUGCAUUCAGAUGACAGACGUCUGUCAAAGACAUCGAGGCGCUCCGACAACGGUGGAACAGACCGCUAUUCUCUUCACACUUAUCUGGGAACAUUACCUUUCAUCACAUACACUCUCUGGAAAUGUUAUUUAACCCGACUGGUUUAAACGAAUGUUUACAAGAAUGGGAGGAUCUGGAAAAAGACUAUCAACAAGUUCAGGAGACACAUCGACUUUACAAGCAAAAGCUGGAGGAGGUUUCAAAACUGCAGGAUAGCUGUUCUUUUUCUAUUGCAAGGCAGAGGAAAAAGAUAAAGGAUCUCAAUGAAUCCCUGCAGGAAUGCAGAGCGGUAGUGGAUCCAGAAGAUGUAAAUAAAAUAGAGGAGAUCCAAGAUUCUAUAAAGGAAAGAUCAAAUGUCUUCUUUGAGAUGGAGGCCUUCCUGCCAAAGAAAAAUGAGUUAUACCUCAAUCUUGUUCUCGGAAAUGUUAACGUUACACUCCUUAACAAACAAUCCAAGUUUGCCUAUAAAGAUGAGUAUGAGAAGUUCAAACUAUACUUGACUGUGCUGCUCUUGUUGUUCUCAUUCACCUGUCGGUUUUUGGUCACCUACAGGGUUCUAGAUGCACUUUUCAACUUCCUGUUGGUGUGGUAUUAUUGUACAUUGACAAUAAGAGAGAGCAUCCUCAUUAAUAAUGGCUCCAAGAUCAAAGGCUGGUGGGUGUUUCAACACUAUGUCUCAACAUUUCUCUCUGGAGUAAUGCUGACCUGCUGUUCAUGUGUGUCUCACAGGCCAGAUGGUGAACUCUACCAGAUGUUCAGAAAUCAGUUCCUGUCCUACUCCAUGUAUAUAAAUUUUGUUCAGUUUCUCCAGUACUAUUACCAGAGUGGCUGCUUAUAUAGACUCAGAGCGCUUGGAGAAAGACAUAACAUGGACCUCACAGUUGAGGGGUUUCAGUCCUGGAUGUGGAGGGGUCUGACCUUUCUACUGCCUUUCCUUUUCUUGGGCCAUUUUUUCCAGCUUUAUAAUGGAAUUACACUCUUCCAAAUGGCCCAGCUUCCAGAAUGGAAAGAGUGGCAGGUUCUCAUGUGCGGCUCUACUUUCCUCGUUUUGUUCAUGGGAAAUUUCUUCACCACUCUUGGUGUUGUUUACCACAAAUACAUGGAUCAGGACAAAGCCAAAGCUUUAUAAAUCACGGGCACAAAGGCACUGCUGAACUCUUUAUUAAAGCAAUUUAUGUUUUAUAUAAAUGUUUUUUUAAAUAUCAUUGUGUUAAUAUUUUGUUGCUUAUAUGUUGUCAACAAGUGUUUUUUUCUGUUUGUGGUUCAACCUGGCUAAGUUAUGAUUUUUGUAAAUGUGUCACAAAGCAUAAGGGAUGAAAUGUCUUUCCUCUAAACCUAAAAAAUUUAAUAGUUUGCUUUUAUUUUAUUAAAGCACUAAGUGUCAUGGUGUUUUGCACACCAUGUCAAAGAAAGUCAUGACAUAAGAAUAUGAUAACAGUGUGUUAAUGUUUACUUUAAAAAAAAAACACCUCUGGCCUGUGUUUAAAGUUGAUUCGAAUGGGCAAGUUAAUGAUCUCAAAGACAGAAGCUAGAAGACAGUUAUGGAAAUCAUUUGCUAUCAGUGGCAUUCAUCCACAAUGUCAACACAUGACUUUACCAUCAUAGGACUAUGACACCUUCAUGUGAGUGAGAAGCAUGUGCGGUCAAGUCAAAUGCUAGGAAAAUCUGAACAAAUUUUUCAAGGUUUUCAAGAAUUGAUUGAGGAAGCCCUGUCAAACAGAAAUGGGAAAUGGAAAUAUCCCUUAAGUGCCUUCAGCUCAGCAGAACGUUAGGUCCAAAGUUUUCACUACUGUAAAAGACAUGUCAUCAACUUGUAUUUUAAACCAAAAUGUCCAGUAAAGAAUUCACCUUAUUGAGAAUAACAGUUUUUUAAUUCUCUUAUUGUCUUAUUUGAACUAGACUCCCAUAGCAUUAAUAAUUGAAUGAACAAAUACGUCAGAAUAUUAGGUGGCCUUAACUACUAUGUACUUACAUAGUAAGUACAUGAAUCAUUAAUGAAUCAUUUGGUACAAUGCACUUAUUGUGUACAUACAUGUUUUUACAUUGUACUUAUAUUUUUUAAAAAUACCUAUAUGUAAUUACAUCUGUAAUUAAUUUCUGUUGACCCAUCCUUACACCUAUCCAUACCACCAAACCUGUCCCUAACCUUACCCAUCACUGCUAAAAAAACAAACAAAAAAACAAUAAAAGCCCAAUAGAAACCAUCACAGAAAUUCCAAUGGUUUCCAUUAAAAUACCAUUAUAAACUAUUAGCUUUUUCCAGUAAAAACAUUACAAAAUUCCUUUUUGUAGUGUGUUUUGGGCAUUUUUCAAAUAGGAUUUAACAUCCCACCAAUAGAAUCCAUCACAUACCAGUAGAUACCAUUACAGGUCCCAUUAAAACCAAUACAAUUCUCAUUAUAACCAUUAAAACCAUUACAUUUUCUAUUGUGUUUUGGGAAGGGUUCUAUUGUUUUUUUUUUUUUUCAGCAGGGAUAUCCCACCUCAAUAGCAGCAAAAGUGUUUUGCAAUACAGUAUGAACACAAUAAGUACAUUGUACUUAUUUUUUGAUCUAAGUACAUAGUAGUUAAAG